AUGCAAAACGCAACAAAUUCGGUUGUUUUAAGAGGAUCGCAACAAGCCAAGCCUAAAUUUAGUAUCCAACAACGAUUAGACCCGGCAGUGAUCGAGACGACCCGAGCACGCAGCAGCGACUCUCACACCACAACGCCGCCAGAGAUUAGAUAUGUCGGACCAAAGGGAUGCCCUCUCACGGCACCCGCCGGACGCCGGAGAAGACCUCGAGUCGAAGAGAUUGCGACUGUGCCAGAGGAUUUUUGUGAAGAAUUCACACAGCUUUCGCGAACUCUACCAGCUCCGUUUACUGUUUAUGGUGGCGAUGGAAGCGAUGAGAACCACCAUCGACAUUGCGCUUCGCCGGAGAUGACCAUCGGAGUCCCUUUCCACGGCAAAUUAAAGGCAAUGUGCUCUAACCCGUAA